GUGGCGCGGAUGAUUUCUGCGAGCGCUGAUUAAAUAAAACCAGCGAAGAAGAAGCGCUGCAGCUGUUCAUCAUAAGAGUGUGUGACUGAAUGGUAAUAUUCGCUCAUUAUACUGACAUCUAUUCAGUCUUCAGUUUCAGGUGGGAGUUGGUGCAGCUGCAACGAUGUCCAGGCAGAGCACAUGGACCGCAGCAGUGGCCACUAUGUUAGGAGCCACUCUCGGUGGUCUCUUCCUCUGGCGCAGCAUCCGCACUCAAAAGAAAAAGGCCCUCAAUGGCCCCUCUUCGGCUGAGCCUAUACAAGCCCAGCUAGAAGUGGAAAUCACCCCCUCACCAGAGUCGUCUGCCCCGCCACAAACCCAGAAGCCUCUGCGUGCACAGACACUGUUAGAGGUGCCGCCUGUGGUCGUGAGUUCUCUAGACGAGUGGGAAACGCUUUGGCCUGCGUUUCAAAAGGACCUUUCGGUGUAUCCGGUUUUGGGAUUGGACUGUGAAUGGGUAAAAAGCGUGCGUGUGUCGGUCAAAGGCAAGGCCUGUGCGGUGUCUUUACUUCAGCUGGCGACGUUCUCCGGCCGCUGUAUGCUGGUCAGACUGCUGACGUUUCGUAAUGCGCAGAUUCCUCUACCUAAGGCUCUCGUGGGGGUCCUGUCUGACCCCUGUGUGCUGAAGGUCGGGGUGGGAUGUUAUGAGGAUGGGAAACGCCUGACCCAUGAUCAUGGUCUGACUCUGAGUUGCACCGUGGACCUCCGUUACCUGGCCCUCAGACAGAGGCAAGCGGUGCUGAAUAACGGCUUGAGUCUGAAGUCUCUGGCUGCAGACCUGCUGAAUAUCUCGCUGGACAAAUCUCUGGAGCUGCGCUGCAGUGACUGGGAGGCGGAUGUGUUGACCCAAGAGCAGAUGACCUAUGCAGCACAUGAUGCCCAGAUCUCCAUAGCCCUGUUCCUCCACCUGCGGGGGAUGAGCAAAGAGCCCCGUGUGCCCGCUGAGGGUGAAGCGGCGCUCGUCCCGCUGGCAGCCUGUUGUCAGGGGCUGGUGGAUGUGCCCUUUAGGGGGCGCUAUAGUUGUGGAGAGGGGGAGGAAGGGGAGAGGCGGCGGCGGAGCCGAAAGUCCACAGUGGAGAGUCCUGAGUCUGGAGACCAGCAAGUUCCAGACCCACGGCGAAACAAACGCAAACCACUAGGCAUUGGUUACUCGGCCAGGAAAUCACCCCUUUAUGAUAACUGUUUCCUUCAUGCUCCUGAUGGUCAGCCACUCUGCACAUGUGACAAGAAGAAAGCUAAAUGGUACCUGGAAAAGGGUAUAGGAGAAUUGGUCAGUGAAGAUCCCUUCAUUGUCCGGCUGCUGUUUGAGCCGUCAGGGCGUCCCGACUCGCAGAAAGACUAUUACCUCACAGCCAAAGAGAAUCUCUGUGUGGUGUGCGGGAAAGCAGAGUCUUACAUCAGGAAGAACAUUGUCCCACACGAGUAUAGGCGCCACUUCCCGGCUGAGAUGAAGGACCACAACUCGCACGACAUACUGCUGCUGUGCACCUCGUGCCACGCGGCCUCAAACGUGUACGACGGGCUCCUGAAGCAGCAGCUGGCCGAGGAUCACUCCGCUCCGCAGGGCUGCGAGGAGGGCAUUCGGCUGCUCGAGGACUCGGACCGGCGCCGGGUGCGCUCGGCCUCUCGGGCUCUCCUCAGCUCCAGCAACGGCAUGCCCCAGUCCAGAAAAGAGGAGCUCCUGUCAGUCAUCCAGAGCUUCUUCUGCAGCGGACAGCAGGAGGUCACGCAAGAGAUGCUUCAGAAAGCUGCAGCGUUGGAGACCAGGAUCUUUAACGAGAGUUAUGUUCCACACGGACUGAAGGUAGUGCAGGCGUACGCCGAGCACGGUCUGCGUGGCCUGAUGGAGCUGGAGCGCUGCUGGCGACAACACUUUCUGACCAGCAUGAAGCCCCGCCAUUUGCCCCCUCUCUGGUCCGUCAACCACAACCAUGACAAAUAUCUGCGCAAGUAUGGCGAGGACCUCCAAAUCCAGCUCAAUUGAGCUCCUCGCCACCCAAACAAAAAGACUUUGUGCUACAACUGCUGGAAUAGGACGGUUCCCACUGUGUGUUUUAACACCUUUGUGUCCUGUCCUGUGUUGUUUGAGUGUGUACCAGAGACACUCGCCCUGGCCACAGGCAAGCCCUGGUGUUGACUUUCAAAUGAGAAAAAAAAACAACAACAUAAGACUAGACUGUGGCCCCAGUUUGAAUGGGCUCUAAGGGACCAGAUGGAAAUUGGGUAAGAGACUCUUUGGGGAUCGGAAGCCACUGU